CAUAACCACUCAGCAAAUUGUACUUACGGAUUUCGGAUGUGAUUGUGGAAUGUGUUUUAGUUUCAAACAUGUGUUAUGAUUUAUGAGAAUUUGGGGUCGCAAGAACUAGUGAACAGUGCCGGAAGAAGUACCAAAAUUCCAAGGCUCGGUAAUGAAAAAAUCCCUAACCCAAGACCCAAGAAAGUGACCCCUAAACCGAAAGCUGCAUCGACUCCGAAGGCAACUCGAAAAGGGGCAUCACAUCCACAAGAUGCCUCAACUCCGAAAGAGGCAACAAUAUUAUUGGGCUCCAAUGGAAGACAAUUGAAUGUCCUGAGUCAAACAGACGUCUACAACGGCCCAGGUGCAAAACCUAACCGAGCCCCUGUCCAUGUGGCUGACCUGAGCCAGGACCAACAGGAGCUGUUGGCAAGUCAUAUCAACAGCCAACAUUGCCACAAAGCAACGAUGACUGAGCCUGCAAUGACUUUUCUUACUGCAGAAGAGGUAGCAGGCUACGUUUGCAUAAACUAUGUGGGUAAAAAGCUUGAUGGUUUUGAAAAGAAACUUGACUCAUUUGAGAGUGUAGUACGAAGUGUUGAGAAACAGUUACGAAGGUUGGUGGCCUGUGAAGUUCUAGAGGCUGUUUCUGGUGAUGUAACUGUUCCUGAUGCGUUUGAUGUCAAUGAUGCGCCUGUCAGUGCUUGUGACGUAAAUGAUAAUUCUGUUGUGUCUUUAAGUGAUGCUGUUUGUCAUGAUGUUGUGUCUAUUGGGCAUGACAGUAUUUGUUUGUCUGGCGGCAGUGUUGUUAGUAAUGGUGUCAUGACUGUAGCUGGGUGUGAAACUAGUUGUAGAGCAAAUCCAGAUGCAUCUAUUGCUGGCAGUCUUGUAGGUCAUGAUAGUUUGUAUGUAGCAGGUGGGUUUGCAGGGUAUCAUAGUGUGUCUGAAGCAGGUGGGUUUGCAGGUCGAGAUGGUCUGUCCAUUGGAGGUGGUGUUAUAGGUACAGGUGGUUUUUCUGUAGGAGGUAGUGUUGUUGGUCGAGAUGGUCUGUCCAUAGGAGGUGGUGUUGUAGAUACAGGUGUUUUUUCUUUAGUUGGUGGUGUUGUAGGUGGAGAUGGUCUGUCCAUAGGAGGUGGUGUUGUAGGUACAGGUGGUUUUUCUGUAGGAGAUGGUGUUGUAGGUCGAGAUGGUCUGUCCAUGAAAGGUGGUGUUGUAGGUACAGGUGGUUUUUCUGUGGGAGGUGGUGUUGUAGGUGGAGAUGAUCUGUCCAUAGGAGGUGGUGUUGUAGGUACAGGUGGUUUGUCUGUAGGAGGUGGUGUUGUAGGAAGAACUGAAUUGUCUGCAGGAGGUGCAGUUGUAGGUAGAAAUGGUUUGUCUGCAGAAGGUGGAGUUGAAGGUCGAGAUGGUCUGUCCAUAGGAGGUGGUGUUGUAGGUACAGGUGGUUUGUCUGUAGGAGGUGGUGUUGUAGGUAGAACUGGUUUGUCUGCAGGAGGUGCAGUUGUAGGUCGAGAUGGUCUGUCCAUAGGAGGUGGUGUUGUAGGUACAGGUGGUUUUUCUGUAGGAGGUGGUGGUGUAGGUAGAAAUGGUUUGUCUUCAGGGGAUGGAGUUGUAGGUAGAAAUGGUUUGUCUGCAGGAGAUGGAGUUGUAGGUAGAAAUGGUUUGUCUGCAAGAGGUGGAGUUGUAGAUAGAAAUGGUUUGUCUUCAGGAGGUGGAGUUGUAGGUAGAAAUGGUUUGUCUGCAGGAGGUGGAGUUGUAGAUAGAAAUGGUUUGUCUGCAGGAGAUGGAGUUGUAGGUAGAAAUGGUUUGUCUGCAGGAGAUGGAGUUGUAGGUAGAAAUGGUUUGUCUGCAGGAGAUGGAGUUGUAGGUAGAAAUGGUUUGUCUGCAGGAGGUGGAGUUGUAGGUAGAAAUGGUUUGUCUUCAGGAGAUGGAGUUGUAGGUAGAAAUGGUUUGUCUUCAGGAGGUGGAGUUGUAGGUAGAAAUGGUUUGUCUUCAGGAGAUGGAGUUGUAAGUAGAAAUGGUUUGUCUGCAGGAGAUGGAGUUGUAGGUAGAAAUGGUUUGUCUGCAGGAGGUGGUGUGGUGGGUCAUGAUGGUUUAGCUGUAGGCCAUGUCAUGGAAGGUCAAGAUGUUUUUUAUGUUGGAGGUGGUCCAGUUGGUUUGGAUGUUAAUUCUGUUGGAAAUGGUGAUAUUCGAUGGGGCGUCAGGUCAAGAAGUGGUUUUUCUGAUCUAGAUGUUGUUAAUAAUGGUCGUCUCUUUGAUAAUGUAAGUGUUAUGAUUUCCCCGCAUGUUGGAUAUGGUGAAAGGGAUAGGGAAUUAAACAGUGGAUUUAUUGUGUAUGAAAAUAGUAGGGAUGAUGAUAUGGAUGAUGAUUUGGGUGGUGAAAGGGUUGUGUCUGCUGAUAGGGUCCCUUUGAGGUCAAGGUUUGAGCAGCUUCCAGUGGUUAUAAGGUCAUAUAUUGAUAUGCAGUCUGUUUCAAAAAAUGCGCCUGUGAUGCUUCAUCCAGACAUUUUAGAUAGUUUGAUUACUCAACAUGACGGGAACAUAUCAAGAUUUGUGUGGGAUUUGACUAAACUUUUGUAUUCAAAUGAAGAAAUGAUAGAUAGCUCAUUCAAUGGCAAGGGAACAAGAAAAGCAUUGUCGGCGAGAAGAAAAUCGCUUAUUCUAAAUGGAGCGCAACAGGCAUUUCCUGGAGUUGGAAAAUGCACCCAGUAUAUUGCCACCGUCAUCAACAAUGGGUUUAAAAAUAAAAGAACCUAUCAGAAAAAGAACUAAAGAAGAAACUUUGGGAACUCAUUACCAGUAAUGAAUAGAGCACAGUAAGAAUUUAGCUAUGCUUUAACAAUAUGUGUUGUGAAAAGUGAUUUGUACCAGUAAAACAUUGUACGAAAUUGUCAUUUUUUUUGAGGAUUAAUUGGGCUUUAAUUUAAUUUUGAUACUCUUCAUUUAAAAGUAUGGCAUUGUUUAAAGUUUAGUUUACAAUAACCAGGUCCUUUUUGUUGUAUUUUAUUGUCAUUAAUUUUUUCAGUCAAAGAAUACACGAGUCUGUCUUGUAUCCUGGUUUUAUGUUUGCUUUAUUAAUUAUAUUACAUAUAAAGUAAAGUAGUUAUCCUAUCUACAAAAAAUAACCGGUUUUCCACUUGAAUGCCAGGUGUAACGUUUUGGUUCUGGGUGACCAUAUUGCACGAAUCGAGUAUGGACUUUAUUUGAUUCCUGCUGUUUAUGUGUGUAUCUUUUUAACCAUAAUUUGUCUUGAUUUGGGUUGAGUAUUGUAUUAAAAGCAUCUCCUAUUAUAUAAGUUUUAUCCAUAUUUUGCAGAAGAUGUUUUUCCAGUUUCAAAAAAACUUGUUUCAUCUUUGUUUGGUCCAUAUAUAUUUAUUAAGGUGAUUUUUUGAUUAUUAAUAAUAACAUCAAUUGUGCAUAAUCUACCCGGUACUCUUUCUUUAAAAUCGCCUAUACUUACAUUAUCUUUUAUUAAAAUUCCUAAACCUUCACUAUUUGAUUUUUUCCCACUGUAAAAACAUAUUCCACUUCAUUCUGAUUGCCAUUUCUUUUUGAUAGCUCAAGACAAGCUCAAUCUUUGACAUGUAUCAUGAAGUAAACACACUGUUUAAUUAUUUUCUUCAAACCAUUUGAAUAUACUUUGCAUUUUAUUAUCAUUGUUGAGACCACUUACAUUUAAAGAACAUAUUUGUUCAUACAUUUUUAUCUUCAAAAGGCUUUAUUUAUGUCUAAUUGAAAAGUGCUGAAUCUUGCCUAUGAAAUUUAUAAGAAUACAUAUUUAUAACAUCAAUGAGGCUUAUGAGUUAUGAGCCUCUUCGUCGACUUAAACCAGGUUAUAGAUCUAGACCAAAGUUAAGUCAAAUUACACUGAAACCUUUGUCGCAUGGUAGUGCAAUGUUAAAUAACAUACAUAUAGAUAUGAACACUUUUGCCAUUUGUUGUCUCUUGUCUAUGUUUUGCAUGCAAUAUUAUGCUUCAUUUGUUUGUUAUUGUUUGUUAUUGAUGGAUGUGAAACCAGAGAAAUAAAUAUGCAAUAAGCUCAGAUAA